AUGGAUUUCUUAAGUAAUUCCACCUUUGCGGACGGGACGGAGGCGGGAAACAUCUCCUCUAAUUCCACCUCCGAGAGCCCGUACGGUCAGCUGGCCAUCUGGAGUCUGGCCGGACUCGUGAGUUUCCUGAUUUUGUUCACGGUGGUGGGAAACGUGCUGGUGGUCAUCGCCGUUUUGACGAGCAGCGCCCUGAAACCGCCGCAGAACCUGUUCCUGGUCUCCCUGGCCAGCGCGGACAUCCUGGUGGCCACGCUGGUCAUCCCCUUCUCCCUGGCCAACGAGCUCAUGGGCUACUGGAUUUUCGGGAAGAUCGUGUGCGACUUCUACCUGGCGCUGGACGUCCUUUUCUGCACGUCCUCCAUCGUCCACCUGUGCGCCAUCAGCCUGGACAGGUACUGGUCGGUGACCCAGGCUGUGGAGUAUAAUCUAAAGAGGACGCCCAAAAGGGUAAAGGGGAUGAUCGUGGUGGUGUGGCUGAUAUCGGCCGUGAUCUCCUUCCCUCCGUUGAUCUCUAUGGACCGUAGCAGUAGCGAAGUCGUGCCCCAAUGCAUGCUGAACGACGAGACCUGGUACAUUUUGUACUCCAGUAUCGGGUCGUUUUUCGCCCCUUGCGUCAUCAUGGUCCUGGUCUACGUCCGGAUUUACCAGGUGGCCAAAACCAGGACCCGGACCAUGUCGGAGAAGAAGAGGGACGUGGCGGAGGAUUCCCCUCUAGAGAACGGGAAUGCGAACCGGAACGAGACGAGGACGGGCGGGUCCGUGAAAUCCGCCAAAGACGGGAGUUUAAAAGACCGGGAACGCCAAAACGGGCACUGCCAGGAUCCGGAGUCGGGGGUCGGAUCCCCGUUGCCGAACGAGCCCAAAAACCACGAGGACGAGUUCGAGGAGAGCAGCUCGUCGGACGAAAAACCCAAGAAAAACGCCGGUUCCUCGAAGAACCACCACCAGAACCACCACCAGGACCGGAAAUCCAGCCGGAAGAGCAGCUCCGCCUCCAAAUACUCCAGCAGGAAGUCGCGGUCCAGCUCCAAAUCCAUGGAGCUUUUCUCGUCCCGCCGCAAACGGCGGAGCACCGUGAACCGGAAAAAGGCGCAGGCGGCCCGGGAGAAGCGGUUCACCUUCGUGCUGGCGGUGGUCAUGGGCGUGUUCGUGGUGUGCUGGUUCCCCUUCUUCUUCUCCUACAGCCUGUACGGCGUCUGCCGCGAGGCCUGCCGGGUCCCAGACGCCCUGUUCAAGUUCUUCUUCUGGAUCGGGUACUGCAACAGCUCCCUGAACCCGGUCAUCUACACCAUCUUCAACCAGGACUUCCGCAGGGCCUUCCAGAAGAUCCUCUGCAAGUCCUGGAAACGCUCCUUCUGA